AUGCCUCCUCCUGCGCCCCCUCGACUGACCAGUCGACUCUGGAACAAAUGGAAGAGCAUACGCUUCUUUUGGCGACGACAAUUCUUGGUUGGCGCUGAUCUUUCUGGAAACACAUUCUGGGAGUUCAAGGAUGCAAUUCGACAGAAUCGGUGGCGGAGAAUUGUAAAGCACACAGGAGGCAGACAAACGCAUUACGCCGAUGUGAAGAUCUCGCCACAAUGGCACCAGUGGCUUCGCCACACCCGCGAAGAGCCUCCCAGCAUUGCAGAGCAGCAGUAUGAGAUUGCCCGACAGGAAAGGAUGAAGCAGCUCGCAGCCGAGGCCGAUGAGAGGUGGAACAGUAUACCCAGCUUCCUCGACGCGCCGAAGCGACAACAGCCCCAGCCUGCGAUUGGCGUGCUGGAUCCUGGCGCAAAUGCUCCACAGACGGAGCCGUUGGAGAAGCAAGGUGUCCGCAGCGCGGUUGAUGACCAAGAAGCGGUGGCGGCGGCUGCCGAAGGCAAGCCCACGAAUGAAGUCAGAUUCAAGGGAGAUGGAAGGGAGAGAAGAGCACGGGAGGAAGCCCCGUGGGAGAAGAGUGCGCCCAAAGGAGGGCCGAGUGAGGGCUGGCAGCCAGGAACAUGGACACCUGGAGCCUCUCAGAGAGGAGGGUGA